AUGGUACUAGCGCAGCCUUCCAGUGGUGCUCUGCACAGCGUGCAAGGUGGCAUAGGUGAUGCGUCUUGCGCGGAUUGGAGGGGGCAGGUGGUCAGGUAUGUCAACGGGGCCUUCACGCCGCCACUGCUAACGGAGGAGGUGGUUCAGAGCAGCGUUGAUACCUUCGAGGAUGCUGCCUGGGUGCGGGACGAGGCAGUGCGCAGCUACGCAGAGUUCCACAACAAUGUAGAGUCGCUCCACGCAACCAUGCGCACGCAGCUGCGGCCUGUGUGGAGGACGGCGAUGCAGCUGCACCCAGACAUCCUCGCGGACGUGCGGGACGAGUGGCACCUCCGGCGGCGGGACAGCAUCCCAGACAACAUUCCGAUCUCUGUUGCCGCUUCUCAGGGCAUUGAGUUGCAGGAGACAAUACUGCAUGACGUGGAGGAUGCGCUGCAGGUGCUACGCAAUACGUCGGUGCGCUUCGCUGCUCAUUUCUUGUCGGAUAAGGAGAAGAUUUCGAUGGGCGCAAAUCCGGCGUACCUCCGCGCGCCGGACAUCGACCGAGAGGUGGUGAUGUCACGCUCGCAGAGCAUCUCCACCUCACCACAGCGCACGCUGCCAGCAAUGACAGCGUCAAUUUUAUCGUCUCCAGGAGGUGCGGGGAGUGGGCACGUGAGGCAUUCCACGUCGAGUGCGUCUGUCGCCCUCCACACCCCAAGUAGGCAACAUAGUGGUCGCCGUCACAGCCGCCACGGGCACCACCACCACCGCCACUACAGCGACGUAGCGGGGCUGGUGAGCUCCAACUCCAACAGGCGAACGGACAGCUGCAAGUCCUCCCGUAGGAGCCGAGGCACCGGCGACGAUCCACUUUUAGAGGAGCUGCGCAAGCAGUAUCAGGUGCGUAUUAGCGAACUGAAGGCGAGGAGUGAGGAUGAGGGAGAAAGACGACGAGGCCGGCACAGUGCAUCAACAUCAGCGAGGGCGGCGCCACCACGGCACACCAGCUUGGCACACGCCGCGGUUCCGAGAUCAUCCUCUCUGUCUUUGACGGCUUCAUCGACGUCUUCGAGUGCAUUGACCGGCACCAGCUCGACGCGGUCUCGCUGCUGA